UGGCUAUAAGACAGAGGGAUGGGGGAUUGCAGCUGUCAGAGAGAAUCCAGUCUUCAGAUCGGCAACAACAUGGGCAACGUAAUGGAUCGCAAGGUGUCCUGCUCAGAGGCACGUGCCACAAAUACCACGCCCACUUCGAUCGUAACUGAAAAGGAGCAGGAGACGACGAAGUCAGAAGUGGUGGAGCCACAGGAGGUUGUGCCCAAUUUGUCGUUCCAUUUGUUCAGCUAUCGGCAGCAAAUGGGCUGCAAGAAGCAGCAGUUGAUGAAGUGGGCCACAUCCAAGCUCGUACUCACCGAGGAGCUGCUCAAGUUGCAAAGGCGACGCCUGGGAGAAGCCAACAAGUCCUGGACCGACUUUGCAUCCUUCUACUCGGAUGAGGGCGACGAGGAGAACCGUGCGCCAACUGAUGACGACCCAAUGGCCCAGGAACUGAGCCACCUGAAUAACUACCGAAUGGAACUGAGGGGCACCAUUCUGGAGUACGCCCAGGAGAAGAUGAAGAAGCGGGAGAAAAAGAAGCUAAAGCGCCUGAAACGUCGCACCCUGAUCUCCUCCAAGAAGCCCAGCAACAAGGACAAGCUCAAGUACUGGCAUUCGGAGGUUGAGGAGCAGGUGGAUUUGGAUUUGGAUGCCCAGGACCACACGGAAGUCAUUGUCAUCGAUUAAUGCAGUAUUAUUGAU